GAUCUGGCAGAGAGACGAUGGAGGAUUGUUUGCGGCUGCGCGGCCGCCGCGCCCCUGACAACUACGGCUACAGCUACCAUGGCGACUACAACCAGCACGUGCUGUGCGGCUCGGCGGUGUCGUCUGGUCAGGAGCCCAUCAAGCACACGACGCGGCCCAUAACAACCAGCUCCACAGUGAUAGGGCUCAAGUUCAAUGGCGGCACCAUCGUCAUGUCCGACACGGGAGGUCUGCCUGCCAGCGAAAACACACACACACAUACACACACACACACAAGACGAGGGCCGGGCCGGUCAGUGCAGCGUGCACAUGUGUCGGUGGUUUGUGUGUGUGUGUGUGCAGUGUGUUACGGUAACAUGCUUCGUUUCAAAAGUUGCGAGAGGUUCUGUCAGGUGGGCGACCGCACUGUGGUGGCGGCCAGCGGCGAGUACAGCGACUUCCAGUACCUCACGAGAGACCUCAAGGAGAUGGAGUGAGUUUGCAGACGCAGCAAAGACGACAUCAAACAAUGAGAAAAGCCCGCCGCUCAUCUGAUCUGCCCGCCUGUGUGUACUGAACUCAUCAGCACGAGGGACUGGGUGCAGGAGGAUGGUUGCUCGCGCGAGCCGUCGUCAAUCGCUGCAUACCUCGGUAUGCUCACGUGUGGCGCAACCGUGAUGGUGAUGGAUCAUAUGCGGCUGUCUGUGUGGCUGUGUGGGUGUGUGUGUCAUCGCGUCCCAGGUCGCACCUUCUACGGCCAGCGGAGCCGGCUGGACCCCUACUGGAACCAGAUGAUAAUGGCAGGAUGGCAGAAGACCUCCAAUGAGCCGUACACAUGACGCCGGAGAGAGGAGAGGAGAGGAAUGGACCAUGGGAUGUAUGUCUCUCUCUCUCUCUCUCUGUGUGUGUGUGUGUGUGUGCGCACAGGUAUCUGGGUUACAUUGACCUGUAUGGGACGACCUUCCCGGAGGACUACAUUGCAUCAGGUCAGUGACGGAAUGAGUCCAUCCAUCCAUCCAUCCAUCCGCGCUUUGGUAAGUGCCUAUCCUAUGCGUGUGUGUGUGUGUGUGCCGGGCUGCAGGGUUCGGCAGUUAUCUGGCCAUCCCGCUGCUGCGCAAGGAGUACCGACCAGACAUGACCGAGGAGUGAGUGAGGACAGAAGCCAUACACACACUUGCAGACAGACAGUCCACACACUGUGUGUGGACAUCUGGUGUGUGUGCAGUGAGGCCAAGGCGCUGCUGCAGAAGUGCUUCAUGGCCCUCUUCUACAGAGACUGCACCGGACUCUCUACCGUAAGUCAAUCAACACUGGCACCAGCCACCGACCACCUCGUCAUCUCAUGCGGCUGUUUCUUCCGCCUGUCAGGUGCAAUAUGCUGUGGCGACAUCCGCGGGCAUCCGGCUGAGCGACGUCUCCACACUCACACACAAAUGGUGCGGGGCGGUGCGCUGACCAGCGGCCAUGGUUCAACAGGUCCCUUGUCAUGUCACCCUCUGUUGCUUUUCCCUGUGUUGUUCCGUCCUUGCAUGUCUCUCAGGGACUACAAGCUGUGGCUGACGCCCACCUCGCAGCUGCCCGUGUCCGCGUCUUCCUGGUGAUCAAAAUGGAUGGCUGGAUGGCUGGAUGGAUGGAUGGAUGGAUCAGCGGCGGGGAGGGCAGGGGAGGGGCAGCCGCUGUUUUGGCCUUUGAUGAAGGACAAGAGGAGAGCCAGACUCGUUAAGUGUGACAUACAUACACUGAUAUCAGUUGAGCGUGCGUGUGCAGUGAAUGCGACGAGAGGUUCUCUCGUCGUCAGACGUGUGCGGCUGGUGUGUGUUGGGGGAUCGCCUCUCCCCCAACACACUCCAGCCACAGCCGUAUGAUGACGAGAGAAUCUCGAGCGAUAUCUAGCAUACAUACGUUCAUUCACCACAAGGUAUCCCUUUACCAGCCGACUGCACUGCACCGCGCCGCGCAACACAGCACAACACAAC